AUGGUACCUGCGGGGCGGGGCCUGAGAGGGCGAGGCCCCAUAGGGGUGGUGUCUGCGCUCUGGAGGCCGGCGGAGCGGGGCCUGGGCGGGGCCCGGAGAGAGGCGGGGCCGGAGAGGGGCGGUGUCGGCGGGGCGGAGCCCUGGAAGGCAAAGCAGGCCGCUGGGCGGGGCCUGGGCCGAGGAGCGGGGCGGAUGGGGUGUGGCCUGGAGCGGGCGGGGGGCGGGGCCAUCGAGGGCCGGGCAGCACGGAGCGUGGCCUGGGGGCGCGGCCUCCGGGGCGCUUUGGAGCGCGCGAGGUCCGAGCGGCGUUGGAGCGGGAAGGAGGUCGGGAGGCAGCGCCUCGGUCGCCCCCGCGGACCCCGGGCUGACGCUCCCUCAGGCGGCUCGGGGCCUGGAGAGGUCGGGGAACGUGAGGGGUUCGCGGCCGGAUACUUGCAGGACCCCGUGCCGGCCUCGGGCCAGGCCUGCGGAGCGCGGGCCACCACUGCUCCCCGGCGGCCGGCCGCGGCGCUGCAGCCAGGGAGGGAGCGCCCCCGGCCGUCCAGCUCGGACCGUCCAGCUCGAACCCUAACCCGUCCAGCUCCCGUCGUCCUCCGGGAACCGUCCUGCGUGGCCACCGGUCUGCAGCCCCGGCGGAGCGUGGUGUCCGGAAAGGAGAGGCCCCACUCGGUGCUGCGCGUCCUCAGAAGUUUGAGGGUUAUCGUAGGGUUAUUCGGCAAAACGAGCUUCCAAGUUACUUCAUCCCGCGCUGGUCCUCCUGUGAGCUUGGCUCGGAAUACGCUGCACUUCGGCUUAGCCGACACCGUCACCCUGGAGGGUCUUCCAUCCCAGGAACAAGGAAGUCACACGCAGAGCCAGGAAAGCGACGUCGUGAUGUCACAAUGUCACUGUGGUGUAGACGCGCCAGAGCACGGGGUACACCUCCCGAUGCGCUUGCUGCAGCGGGACCAGCACCUACAACGGGCGGGACCUGAGUGCGGGGUCUCUGCGGGGUGGCCUGAAGUUGCUGAUGCCAGGAUGUGCCAGAUGAACAGCUCCUGAGAUGCCCGUGCAGCCGCCGGAAAGAGCCCGAGUCUGCCGUGUCCGUGCCCGCGUCCCCGGCUCCUCGUCCUCCCGCGGCGGCGGGCGUGAAAGAGCCGCGUGCCAGGGGCCCAGCGCGGGCUUCUCCCUGGGUGUCCCCCCCGGGGACGUGGUCUCCUCCCACCGCCCGGACUCGGCGGCGGCGGCUUGGGGGGCUCGCCUGUGACCCGGGCAGCUGCCCCAGCGCGUCAGGCCGGCAGGAGCACGAAGUCGUCGUUGACGUCGACCAUGGGCACGUAGAAGGAGGGCACCUCGUUCACACACAGGGACUUGUGCCCGGCGGGGUCCAGCUCCUGCACCUUCAGCUGCCACUCCAUCCUCUGCACAGCGUUGAGGGCCGCGGCCUCGUGCUGCUGCCGCAUCAGGAGACACGUCUACGCGGGAAACGCAGCAGGUGAGGGGAGGGGAGGCGAGAGCCCGGCCGCCCCCGCACCCACUCCCUCUGCCGCAGCGCCUCCCGGGAGCUCGGGGCAGGGGACCCAUUCACGCUCUGGCCUCAGGACGACCUCUCGCGUCUGGGUCUCGUCCUGCGCGGUGAUGAGUGGCCUUGCUGACCACACGGGGGUCUGUUCGUCAUCCCUGCUCUGUGCCCCCACCCCUGGGGGUUUCACCACAGCCUCUAGCCGGAAUUUAUAAUAGCUCUGCUCUUCUGUUUUCAUUUUCCAUUUAUCUUAUUUAUGGUUGGUAACAUUGGCUUCAUUUGCAUUCACAGUGGAAAUUAUGCCUUUUAGAAAUGCACUUAGUUGCUAAAAAUUAAUGUUCACGUGUUUACUCUUAAGCGGGAUACUACUAAAGGCGUACUCUGUAUUUCAUGUUAAGAAAGGAGAAUGUUGAAACUGAAAUAAUGACGGUACCUGGGUUACCAACAGCA